CACAUAAACCAUCUCUCCAUACAUUCUUCUUCCCCUCUUCAAUAUUUACUUACCCCUGCAUUCAUCCUGCAGCUACUGUUACCCCCCCUAGCUCUGUCAUCAAGAUAGCGUCAUCGAUUAAACUCAGGCGAACGAGAUAACAGACAUUAUCAACGAUUAGACACGUCAACGACAUUGUCAAGCCUCGAGUGAACAUUCCAAUUGGGUUUUCUCAACCUCGUUAUUUCAUCUGGUUCUACUAGAAACAACGUUGCAACGCUCAAUCACCCACUUUCUUUACAUUUGCUCUGACCGUCUCAACCUUCUAAAGUGUUGGGGAUACAAACGCCACAACCUUCACCAAAGCUUCAGUCAUGGCAGCUCCGAGCACAUUUGGAGAGCUGGGCCUCUCCAUCAUUGGCCUCAGCGCCGAGUAUCCGCCUCAUUCGCUAGAUUAUACUUGUCUCAAUACCCUUGGCGAGAGAUUCUACCCUGAUACGCCUUCUAUGCAGAAAGUUCUUGCAAUCAACAGAUACACCGGAAUUGACUCGCGAUCAUCUGUUGGAACGCCCGACCACCCUGCCGUGAACAAGAAAGAAGCACCGUCAAUAGCAGAACUCCACAGCAUAUUCCAGUCUGACGGUGUCCCACUCGCGAUUCGAGCCGCUCGUAAGGCUAUCGACGAAGCCAAGGUCGAUACUCGAUUUAUCACACAUAUAGUCGCUACAACAUGUACCGACAGCGCAAAUCCAGGGUUCGAUCACUUUGUCGCAAAAGGUCUAGGCAUAACACAUGGCGUUGAAAAGGUCUUAUUGCAUGGUGUGGGUUGUAGUGGAGGACUGGCCGCUCUUCGAACAGGCGCAAACCUAGCUCUCGGUCAUAAAGCACGGGGACUGCCUGCGCGCGUUCUAUGUGUAGCACUAGAAGUCAGCACCACCUUGGUGCGCAGUGAGCUAGACAGCAUCAAUGAGUUGCAGCAGACGAGGAUAGGCGCAUGCCUGUUCUCAGAUUGCGGUAGCGCCGCCGUGUUGAGCAAUGGUAUCGGUGAGCCCUCUGAACCUGUCUAUGAUCUGCUCGGCUGGGAUCACAGGACUAUACCUGAUACAGAGGAGGAUCUGGGCUUUGACGUUCACCCAGCUGGCUGGAAAGUCAUACUCACACCCCGUGUGCCCAAGCUCACUGCUGCCUCAAUUGGCCCAGCUUUCAGUGACCUCAAAGCCUCUCUACCGCAAUUGCCCUCGGACUACCAGAACGCAGCCGAUUUUGACUGGGCCAUGCACCCUGGUGGUGCGACCAUCCUGUCCGGCGCAGAGAAAGUCAUGGACAUCACUCCGGAACACAUGCGAGCAAGUUACGACACUUAUAUCAAUCACGGAAACUCGAGUUCUGCCACAAUCUUCAGUGUCAUGAAUCGACUGCGCUCAAAAGAGAUGGAUGCCAUGGCCCCUGACGGACGAGUGCGCGACUACGUCGUCGGAUGUGCUUUUGGUCCAGGCAUAACCGUCGAGAUGUGUAUGAUGAAGCGCAACAUGGUUCAUAGAACCAACGUAACUGGCCUGCAAACACCGCCAGAGACUCCAGCCGAAACCGAAUCGGAGCCAAGUGAGGCCGGAGACGGCGACGAGUGGAGCACCGAUACCAGCGGGUCUCCGGCUGAGCGGAACUCUUCAUCUGCAUAUGAGUCGCAAGACCGGUAUGCCAGGUUUGUUACUGAGUCGCUAGACCAUCUAGAUCUCGAUUAGCAAGGGGCAAAAGAACGUGAUAGCUUGCCUUGAUGGUUGAAACGCAUUAGUAGCCCAUGUAUCUGGACCUGUGCGAAAGAGUAUAGUGGCGGAGAUAAUGAUGUUUCGUACACUCG